AUGUUUCCUACUGGAAAUCCGGCCUUCACAUCACCUAGUCAAAACAAUCCUGAUAACAGCGUAAACCUUGCAGCACUUUAUUUACACCCAUCUUUGGGUAUUUCCAAUCAAGCAUAUACUCAGUUUUAUCAGCAGGCCCAGGGUCAAGCACAGCUUGCCCAACAUCAGCAGCUGCAGCGUCACUUUGAACAGUUAGUUGCAGUUCGGGCUGCUCAAAAUGCUCACGCUCAAUUACAAGCAUUUCAGGUUGAUCUCAAAGUACAGUCAGUAAGAUUUAAAUGUAGACAAGCUAAUUUUUUUGAGCAGCAGCAAGCCUUUCAAAAUCAACAAGUGCAAGUACAAAGCCAGCAGAAAUUGCAUGCUGCUCAUCAACAAAAUCAAGCCCAAGCAGUUCACAUGCAACGUUUUAAUGCGUUACGACAGAGCGGUCAGCAUUUACCACAUUCUCAUGCAAUAAGAGAUGCUGCGGUUGCUGUUGCAGGAUCUCGUCAGGAAUUGCAAGUGGAAGUCGAUGCUCGACGGCGGCGCUCAUUAAUCGCGGAUUUUAUGAUUGCACCAAAUUCUACACCAUUUUUAGACGGAAGAGGGCGUUCAGAUUCCAUAAAUAGCAAUAUUAUGGGAGAAACUAGAAAGUCAGAAGCAGUGCCUAAUGAGUUCGUUGUAAUCACUGAUGAAACAACAGAAAGGAAGAAAAAUUCGAUCACUGAUCGCUUGGAAGCAGUUGAAAAAGAGAAAAAGCUUGUCGAUAAUCAAAUUACAAUCAUACAGCGUAAAAAAGAAGAAUAUGAGAGUGAACUAGCUAAAAUAUCGAACGAUAAUGAGGAUAAUGAUAAGGAAAAUGACGAUAUUGCUGAAGAUAUUGAUUCAAUGAGUCUUGUUGAAAGAAUUUAUGCAGAAAAUCGCAAAAAAACUGUUCGAUCUGAAGCUCACAUUCCUUUGUCAUUGGCGCCCAUAUCUGGAACAGUUCCACAAUAUCGAAAUCCGUGGGAUAGCCCGUUAUUGAAGGAAACGAUUGAGAGAUAUAAAACUGUGAAACCUUUUUUGGUGAAAAUGUUAACAGAAUCACGACAAAAUGAAUUAUUAGCGCAGAAAUAUUAUGCCGAUAAAUACAAUAUUAUGUAUGCAGAAUGGUUAAAAAAAGAUGAAAAAUAUUGCAAAAGUCAAAAAAAAAUUGCUCGCGAUGAGAAACAUCGUGAAAUAUUUGAAAGGACAUUUCCUGAAAUCAGAAAGGCUCGAGAAGAGCGAGAACGGUGCGGAAGGAUUGGAAUGUCAUCGGAACAAUUAGAACAGGAUGAAGAAUAUAAGCGAAGACGCGCAGCUGCAGUAUUACCUCCAAUGAUGUUGAGCUCGAAAAUGCGUAAUGGGCCAUUUUAUGAGGAUCUAAACGGAGUUGUUUCAGAUGCGCUUGAAAGUCAUAAUACUCAUAUUGAUAAUUUCUUAGGGAAGUGGUCUGACGAUGAAAAACAGAUUUUUAAAGAGCAAAUAGGAAUAUAUGGUAAAAAUUUCGCUGCUAUAUCGGAAUUCUUAGACCGGAAAGAUGUGAAAGACUGUGUUCUGUACUAUUACUUAACUAAAAAACGUCAGAACUACAAAGCAUUGUUAGGGAAAAAACGAAAAAAACCUCCAAGGUCUUACAAGCCACCAGUUAUGCCGCGACUUGAAGAAAUAGCACAGAAAGCACCGCAAGAUGCGAAUGACAUUACAAUUGUUGGUUCUCGUGAACUUGAGUGCUGUAUUUGCAAAACAAAAGUGAAUAGUGGUUCAAACACUGGUCGUAUUAUUACUCGUCUAACAUUGGAUGCUUCUGGUUAUGAUGCUAGUUCAGCAAAUGAAAUAGAUAUUUGCGUAUGUCAAAAAUGUAAAGCAAAGGGAAUUAAACCGAAAACUGUAACACGAUGUCAGAUCGGUAUAUGUCAUAAUCCGCGUCGUAAAGUAAAACCGACGCGACCGAUGCCAGCUAAGUGGAAAUUGAUCAGUGACGAGCAGAGACUUUUUCUGAUGCAUCAAAUGCUGAUUCCGGAAGAUAUUUUGAAAUGUUGUCCUGCAUGCCACAAAAAAAUCUCCAAACAGCUGGAUAUGAUUAUUUCUGGAGAACUAAACCAAGAAAUGGACGCAUGGUUGAAAUCUUCUUCUGUAUUUUGGAACAAUGAUGAGUUGAAAACAUUGCUUGAUGCGGUGGAAUCAAUGGAUAUAAAAGACUGGAAUGUUGUUGCGGAGAAAUUAGGAAAUAGAUAUAGUGUCAAGCAAUGCCAGGAACAGUAUGAAAAAGUUUGUGAGGAAAAUGUUAGGAAAGAAUUGGAAAGUGAAGACGACGGCAGUGAAGAUGAUAGAGAAAAUUCACAUUCGAAUCGAGUAGCUGAGAUUAAAAGUGUUACUGGUGAAAUUGAGCGGGAUCCGAGUGUUGAAAGCAGUUCAACAUUAACUCCUGAUGAAGUAGUGAAUCAAGGAGAUUGUGUCGUCCUUUUUCCAACGGCUGCAAAAUCACCGUCAACUCACUUGUAUAAACCAAGAUUUCGAGGUACUGCAGGAGCAGCUUCAGAGGGUCCAAAUUCUUCCGUCGAUAAUUCUCUUUUCCUUAUAUCCUCCUCAAAAAAGGAACCAGAAGUCGCACUUGCACCAUCUCCGUUGGCACAUCAAAAGUCUGACGCAAGUGCUUCUUCAUCGGAGUUUUCUAACCUUGAAGAUUGCAAAGCAGCCACUCUCACAUCACAGUCAUCUGUCGUUGGAAGCGCACUUUUUGCAACGCUGACGUCAUCUACUCCAGAUCCGACAUCUCGCUCAUCUACUCAGAUAGAAACCGACAAGUCAUCUCAGAGUUCCAUUUCUGUAGCUAAGUCAUCAACUCCAAUAGCUACCCAAACAUUGCCAUCUACUGUUAGCAAUGCUUUCAGAGGCUCGAUCACUCAAGGAACUCCUGUAAUGAGGCCACUCUCUCCUUCUGUAAUGAGAUCGCCAUCUGGGAAUGACUUGAUAGCAGAUAAACUAAAGCAGAUACAAAUGUUUUCUACAGAGGCAAUCUCUGCUGGAUCAUCUUUAGUCGCAGGAAAUAAUAUCUUGGCACCUUCUGUGCCAUCAGUCCCCACACCAACUUUGCAACCAAACGCAAACGUAGCUGCUGCAGCUGCUGCCUUCCCAUUUUUGCAGAAUCCGUUAGUUGCCGCUGCGACAGCAUUUCCAAACGCUGCAUCGGAUCCUAAUAUAUCACCUUUUACUGCAUUUUACAAUCAAUUCACUACACUAGAUCCUACAAUGCAAGUGAGUAUCAUAAUGAAGUUUUAUAAAUUCUUCCUAUUUUUUUCACAUGGCACCUUUAUUGAUCAGUAUCGGCAGCAAGCGUUGGGAUUAAGUCUUCCUGAACAGCAACAGCUGCAGAGCAACCAACAACAACAGAUAAAUGCAUUAGCAAAUGAUCAAGCAAAAUAUUUGCUCUGGCUGCAAAUAAUGCAGCAGUCUACAAACGUUAAAUUGCUACAACAGCAACAGCAAGCAGCAUCUCAAACAAUGAAUUUGCAACGUACUCCCACACCAAAUACUUUACUCUCUACAUUGGCAACACCAGCAAGUGUGCGCUCAGCAGUUGCAUCACAUUUUAGUGGGCAACAAAAUACUGAACAUCAGCAACAAACAAAACAAGGAAUUGCAACUACAGUAUCCACAAAUUUGCCUGGCAAAGUAGCAACCGAUAAUACGGAGCAGCAACGUACGAACAUCCAAACAUUUUGUACAUCAACUACUCAACUCUAUAAUGAUUUUCAUAAUGCUGAACAAAUGCGCAAAGAACAUGAUGAAAAUGCACGACAGAUGGAAGCACAGCAAAAACGGCUGGAAGAAAUACGCUACAUUGAGCAACAGCGAAGAAGAGUUCUGGAAGUAAAGUUUGAAACUCUGGUUUUGGAAGAAGCGCGAAUAAAUGAUGAAUUGAGUCGGAUUUCACAAAUAGAUUAUCCUCGUGCUUUGCGUUCACAGGAUAGCGAAGCUGUUCGUUCUAGCCUACAGGCUAUUGAACGUCUGAAAGAACGACGUACAGCAAUGCAACAUUAUCUACGGGCUUAUGAUGAGGGAUUGAAGUCGCUAAGUACAAGAAGUGGAGCAGUUUGUUCAGGUCCUUCAGGAGUUAUAGUAAAAGGCGCAAGUGAUGAGCGUAUAAUGACUACUGCCGGUCUUGUUAGCAAAGGUGCUGUGAAAGAAUUUCCACCGUCAGUGUCUAGAAAUAGUAUGCAACAAUCUUCAACUUCAAAUAUAUCGAGCCAAGGUCUUAUUGGCAUAAAGCGAACAUUAAAUGAUUCUGCUUUGGCAGUAACAAUCGAAGGACGAGUAAGUAUCAAGAUUUCAACGUGUCAUUGUCCUAGUGCAUCAAGUCUUUCCCCAGCUACAUCUGAAGCAAAUGUAACAAGUCGUCGUUCACGUGCUGAUUCUAUCGGAUGUCGAAAAGGACUAGAGAGUAAUAUGUUCGAUUCAGGACAGGCAUCUUUGAUGUAUCGUUCUAACUCUCAUAAUAUUACUGAUGAUGAGUUAAGUCGCGGUGAUCAACGAAAUAUACAAAGUGGUGGUGAGAUGAGGCGUAAAUCAGGUAUCCAUACUGUAUAUCUUCCAUCUUUGCCUGAUGUUCAUCACACCAUAAACGCUAAAACAGCAGCAGGUCAGAAACUUGGUAAUUCACAAACAGUCACUGGUGCUUCCCGUCAUAGUAGCUCGAUCUCUCAUUCGCAGUCAUUUGCGUCAUCGUCAUUAUCUCGACCAUCUCUCUCUCAACAGCUCCACCACUUUCCUCACUUUAUACCUGCUUUGCCGCAGCAUCAAGCUAGAUUCUCUACACCCCAAUCUAUCUCUACUCCUGGUAACAUAUCUUCACACGUACUUCCAUCAUCCACCGUCUUUGGGUGUCCAGUUGUUGGUCCCGCGAACUACUCAUCUGGAGUACACACCUCAGCUUCCACUUUUAUUUCACCCAGGACACCAGUCUCCAUCAAUCUAAAUUUAACGAUAUCGCAUCCAGCUCAUGCUCCAUUGCAUAAUGCAUCAAAUAUAACUAUUCCUGCACCUGUCGCUUCUUCACCUUUUCAGGUAUCAGUAUUAGAACCUCCAUCGAAUACGUUUUUGUUAACUAUUGCUAAUUCAUUAAAAUUCCAGCCACUUGUUACCGCAGAUUCCAGUUCACCAAAAUUCCAGCCAUCUAUUCUUGUUCCUGGAAUUAUUUUAAUGUUUCCAUAUACAGGCGUAAAUAAGAUUUCAAAGUUACGAUCAUUGCAGAAUGAAGAAAGGACAGUAUCAGUAGAAAGUCAACAACGGUCAGAAUCGAGGGCAUUCAUUAACUACGAACCACUCUCUCCUGAUACGGCUGAUGCUGUACCUACUACUCAAACAGAUACUUCGACUGAAGAAGCUUCGAAUUUGCCUCUUUUCUCGUUUCUGAACUUGCCAGAUAAUGGAAAUGGUGCGCUUAGUACUUCAACUAUACAACCUGCUGUUUCAUCGCUAAAUGAUUCGCAACUUAAUGCAAGGCAGACUCCAACAGCAUCUGUGAUUUUGCCUCAGCUACCAACUGCGGUAUCAACUGGUAUUGUAGUAAGUGGUAGUACCAUGUUGCCUAGCAAACCACCACCGCAACCUACGUACGAACCACUUUCUGAUGACGAUUAA